CAUCAUUCUCAUUUUCUUUCCGUUUUCUCGCUCGUUUCUCGACAGCCAAGCACUCCGUUCCCUACAAGCUCAUUUCCUCUUAGACGUCCGUACCCCUCCCUCGGCUUUCCUAGCUAAAAUAAGUUCUGAAGCACAGAAAAUUAUAAACAAAAACAAAUAUAUAUAGCUACCUCAACCCGUCGAAGAAACUUUUAGGCACACAUGGGACGCCCAAAACCCCCUACCAAUAAACAAAAGGCCCAGCCCAACCCAAAACAAAGGAACGACGAGAACAGUGGAGAUUGCUUUGUUACAUCAAUAACGGCCAAUCUUAGACCUCUUUCCUCAUAUUCAAGUUAUAAUUCAUGGAUGUCGGAGCACCCUUGUGCAUUGAGGUCAUUUGAUCGGAUGAUGAAAUCAGCAAAGGGAAAGAGGAUAGUCGUGUUUCUAGAUUACGAUGGGACCCUCUCACCCAUUGUCGAUGACCCUGAUCUUGCUUUCAUGUCUGAUGAGAUGCGUGCAGCAGUUCGUGAAGUAGCAAAAUAUUUUCCGACAGCAAUUAUCAGCGGAAGGAGCCGAGAUAAGGUCAAACAAUUUGUACAGUUGAGUAAUGUGUAUUACGCGGGAAGCCAUGGAAUGGACAUUAUGACCCCAGCAAAGCCACUCAAAUCCAGUGUUAAUGAUGCCAAAAACCAUGCCAUUCCCGGGGACAAAAAGGGCAGCAGUAGUGAUGUUCUUUUUCAACCUGCACAAAGGUUCCUGCCUGCCAUUCAAGAGAUUAUCGCAAAAUUAGAGGAAAAAACCCGGAAUAUUCAAGGCGCCAAAUUAGAAGACAAUAGAUUUUGUGUAUCAGUACAUUUCCGGAAGGUCAGGGAAGAGGACUAUGGCAUAUUGGAAGAGAAGGUGAAGUCUGUGAUUGAAAACUACCCAGAGUUUCACUUAGCUUGGGGUAAAAAGGUUAUGGAAAUACGACCGUCAAUAGAAUGGAACAAAGGCCACGCCCUGGAAUAUUUACUAGACACCCUUGGCUUUAGCAAUUCCAGUGACGUCCUUCCGUUUUACAUUGGCGACGAUCGAACUGAUGAAGAUGCAUUCAAGGCCAUACGGAGUAGAGGACAAGGGUUUCCAAUAAUCGUGUCUUCCAUACCAAAGGACACCAAAGCUUCAUAUUCAUUGCACGACCCAUCUCAAGUGUUGACCUUUUUAUUGCGUCUGGCAAGAUGGAGAAAAGCCUCUUCCACAAGCAGGUCACUUCCUCAAUUUUGGGCUCUUGGUAGUUGAAAUCAAGGAUGUAUUAUGUAUAUGUUAAUUAUAGUUACGUUUUGUAUACUUAUUAGCUAAAUUAGGGCAAAAUUAGAAGGAAAAAAAAGGGUAUUUUUGUUAUAAUGUACGUUAUGAAGGACCUAUAGUCUAGGAGAAAGCAUGUAUUUCAGUGAAUAUUGUGUGAAGUUCUUUACGUUAAAAAAAUACUAGCUAGUACUGAGCGUGGUUUCAGCCUUUUUGUACUGAAACGACCAUGCAUGCGUUUUGGAAUGUCACCAAUAUUGUAAAGUGUAAACUAUUUUGCUUAUGGUUUUGUUAAA